AGAUGCGCGUUAGCGGAUGAACCGGGCAGCAGUUUGAGUGCGAGACCGGGAUGGGGUCGAGCGUCAUCAAGAUAGACCACCUCCGCUUCCUUUCCCACAGCUGUCUCAUCGUUGUCGGUGAUCAGGCCUACCACCGUUGUGUCGUCUGCAAACUUAAUGAUGAUGUUGGAUUCGUGCUCCAGAGGAUACAGCAUUGGCAUCAGUCUCCCUGUAUAGCCGAGGAGCAGUCAGCCCGCCUGAGACUCACGGACAUGAAUGAAACACUUCCACGAGCUGGAGGGGAUCACCGCCAAGUCCAAACAACAGGUGGUGCAACAGGACAAAGAGUUCACUUUCAUAGCAGCCGCAAACAACACACCACCAUCAACCCCAAGGUGGCUCUAAGACACAUAGAGAGAUCCUAUGCCAGGUCAGUAAGAGAACUGUGCUCAUGGCCUUAUUUCUAUUACAGCAUAUUGGGUGACUGA